AUGGCGUGUUUAAGUUCGUCCAGUCGGGUGUGUGCCCGCGUGGUGCAGGAGAAACUGUGUCAGUUGGCUGCGGCCACAUCCAGGAGCCCAUCCGGACUGCUGCAGCAGCAGCAUUCAACUGCUGCUGGUGCAGGUGCUGGUGCUAGUGGUGCUGCUACCAGUAGUGCUGCCGUGUCCGGUUCGGUGAUCGGCGGCAAGGUGAUGUCGUCGAUGGUCAGCGGUGGCCACAGUGGUUUCGGGCAGGGCAGUGUUGGAGGUGGCGGUGGUAGUACCGUGGUUACCGUGGGCAAACGGACCGUGCUGUUCCCGCUGUUCGGUUCGGAACCGGGGAUUCCAGGCCGAGCGCCAGCGCUGGGAGCCGCUAGCGCCGCUACGGUUACCACAGUGCGCAGCUUUUACAGCACCGCGGGCGACGCUGCUAGCUACACUCAACCAUCAUCGUCGUCGUCGUCGUCGUCGUCACGCGUCAAGCAUCUGGGCGUUCCGGUGAUCGGCCGCCGGACACCGCCAGCAGCCGUUCCGCUGUACGACCGGAGCCAGUGCACCUGCGUCAAUGUACCUCCUAUAUGGUUUGCGGGGUAG